UUGAGUUACUAGUUGGAAACUUUACAUAUAAAAUGUCCUCUUGUUUACAAAACAGUGCAAGAUACUGGGAACUGAUGUAAUUUAUUGUUUUAUUUAAUGGUGGAAACGAAGAACUAAGUUCAAAAUCUCAAAUGUCAAUAAAGACUUAAGGCAGGAUCAUCAGCUUGGAGCUAUGCUGAUUUAUCUCAGCUAAAGAUUUAGGCCCCAAUCCUGCACACACUUAUGCACAUGCUUAACCUUAAUACUGUGAGUAGCCCUAUUGUUAAGCAUGUGUAUAAGUGUUUGCAGGAUCAAGGUCCUGUUCUGUAAGUCUGUAAAGAGGUUGCUUGUUGGUGAUCAUUGCACAGUAAUGAAAUAAGGCUAAAUACUGAUAACUGUUUCCAUGGGUUUAAAUCUGGGGUAACACUGCUGAAAUUAGUAAAGUUGCUUUGAAUUUACACCAGUGUAACUGAGAUCAAAAUCUGCCCGUAACAAAUAUAUCAACCAAAUCUGAUGUUAAAUAAUGUGACUAUGAACCAGAUCCUGCUUAUUUUAUUCAUGUGACUAGACCUAGGCCCUGCGUGGGGACAAGAGCCAGCCUUAGCAGAUUUACAGUGGGCUGUCAAACAAUUUUUGGCUGCCACUCAAUCUCUGCCCCCAGUCAAGUUGAUUCUUUUCUAUCAUAACUGACAUAUGAUCACAUUGCUAGUGUGCAGUACCGAUCAAAGGAUCUGGGGAAGAGAUAGCAAGAUAUUUCUUUGGGAUAAAACCCAAACACAACUCACUUCAUGUUUACAUGCAACCUGAGAGUGAGUGAGGUAAUUAGUUAUCUUAUUAGGUUCUGAGGCAUUUGGGGCCCAGUUGCCAACAUUAUUAAAGAAAACUUCUGCAAAGGAAUAUUUUGAAAUAAACAGGGGUUAACUAGCGCCCCGCCACUGGAGAAUGUUGUGUUCAUUCUGGUGAAUUUCAGCACAUUGCUUCUGUACACAACACAUUCUACAUAAAAGUGUAUAGGCAAAGCUUUCACCAGCAGAUUGUCGGAUCACUCCACUGAGUAAUUAAGUUAAAAAUCAUAAAUGAUAAUAAAGACAUAGGACCAGAUCAUUUACUGGUAUAAAUUGGCACAGUUGCAUUGACUUCAGUUGCUCCAAUUGCACUGCAAUUAAAGCAAUCUGUAGCAGUCUGCAAAAAGAGGGAGAGAAAGAUGAAAGAAGGAAUAGGACACAAAGGAAGGAAUGAAGGAGGGGAAAGAGCAAGAAGGAAAAGGCAGAAGGAGAAGCAGCAACUUAAAAAAAAAGUCUAUAUAAUGUUAAUAAUAAGAGCUAAGGAGCUCCUUGGGCUCUCUGGUGAUUACACAACCCAGGCAAGCCCCACUCCUGUUUAUGACAUUACUUGAAUCCUCUGGAUAGUCUUAAAGUCUUCUAGCUGAAAAUUACUUAUUUAUUCUAUAUUAAAGUGCCCUUGGAAUAAUAUUUUUGGUGACUUUUAGUUUGUACAAAACAGAGAGACUGAUUGUAAUCUCUUUAAAAUGAAAACAGACUGCUGCUGUGGGGGUUGGCCCAGCCUACCAUGGGGGAGGAUGCUGCAGUGUGUGAGUACACAGUUCUAGCUCACCCCGCAUUGCUGCUGCUUGACUGGGCCACUUGACUAGCUUUUGAAGUUUUUACCUUCCCCGUUUCCAUCUGUUGCUUUUGUAUAUCAGCAAUUUAGGAAAAAUACCAUAUUGGGAUGUGUUCAUGAGCCUAUCUCUACAUCUGUCUGCAUAUGUGUUUUACACUGGUAUUAAUUUUUAUACUAUCUAUAACCCAGCAGUUCAACAGCCUGUCUUGGGUUUGUAUUUAAUUUUUUUUCUGUCUUGAAAAUCUUUUUACUUUAUUCUGUUAUCUUAAUAAAGGGUACACUCCUCAUUCUUGUAAUUCUCAUAAUGCUGCCAAAGCAGAGAGAGAAGAAAUAAGAGAGGAGGCUCCCCGAUGAAAUCUAUUGUGGCAUCUAAGACUUUGAUAGGUAGCAUAAAGAAAACAUCCAUUGUAUUACACUCCCUGCCAUGAUUCCUUCUUGCUGUUAUGGUCAAAGAGGCAGUUCAAUUAAGGCCUAAUUUGACAUACACUGAAAUCAAGGGAAGUCUUUCCACUGACGUCGAUGUAUUUGGAUCAGGCCCUUAGUGGAUAAGAUUUCUGUAACUACAGAUCUUUGGCCCAGAGCUACAAACCUGUUUAAACCCCAGACAUCCCAGGUGAAUUCUCUGACCACUGGACUAAAAGUUAGAAGAUGGGCACCAUCAAGUCCUUUGUGGCCAUUUUGUGCGGAGUGAGGGAGGCACCUAACUUAUUCUUCCAAGAAACUACCUAGGUGCGUAAGCCACCUGACUCCAGGAGAUGGGUUCUGCAUUAAUGGAUCACUAUGCAGAGAAAGGUGCCUCCCGACAGUCCAGACUUUGGCACCUGUUUCCAUAAGGGGGUGGGGAUUAGCGCACACACCACUGUUGCCAACAUCUCCCAUUGGCUAGUCCCACCAAGCAUGUUGGCUUUUGUUGAUUGCAUUUUAAGGCACCUAUCUCUCCAAAUCCAUUGUAUAGGGAUCUUAGAUUUCUAAUUCAGGUUUUGUGAAUGGUAAUAUUGUUCCUGUGAUUUUCUAGGCAUCUAAAAGUUAGGCCCUGUGACACUCUGCAUUGCAAUACCUAAAUUCCUUUGUGGAUCUGGUCCUUGGUUUUCAGUUUUAACAUGGAGCCAAGCCCUGCUAUCCUUGGCAGUCCUUUCUCAAGCAAAAUUCACAAUGUAAUAGAAACUUCUGUGUUCCUUAAUAUGCAACCCAGAUUUUUAACAUUUUACACAAAAGGUAGUUUGAAGUAAUGACCUAGAACAUUGUAAUGCUGUAGUAGCAUCAAAGAACUGAAGACUUCUGAUGGUUGUGUAAUGGGUCCAACUUUCACUUUCUCAUCUCCUAAUGGAGAAGACAUUUGCAAUGAUCUUUUACAAUAAUCAGUUUGCUCUCUGCUCAAGGUAUGACUUGAACACAAAUUUUUGGGUAUCUAAAACUGUUUUCAUAUCCCGAGAUACAAGCUUAAAAUAACUAUUCAAGAACUGUUAUUUAUGUUGAGCAUCAUGGGUGAAAUCCUGGCCCUAUUAAGUUAAAUGAGAAUUUUGCCACUGACUUCGGUGGGAUCAGAAUUUCACCCUAGGACUAUAGCUAUAUCUGUGCAGAGCUCACACUGGAGUUGCAGCAGCAGAGCAUCAAUAUGAGAAUUCCUCUCAGCAUGGAGAAGUGUGCAGCCAUCACCAUGUGGAAGCUCAUAAGUGGCUAACCAGUUUGGUGUUGGUAAAUAAAAGCUGUUGUCAUGGAGAGAUGAAUUGCUAUUGAGAGGGUACUGUUGUCUCGGGUCAUAAAGAUUGGCAAUGCGCAGGAGGUUACUGACAGCUCUGAACACCUGGCGUUUCCACAUUGUAUAGGGGCCACUGAUGAGACCCCAUUAUCUACCCCACUACCAUGUCUCAGAGUUCAUCAGCAAAAAGGAAUAUUUCUCCAUGAUCAUGAAAAACCUGGUUGAACUUCAUUCUUGCAAUAGCCAGCAACUUGUCUGUGCUGCUCCAUCUUUUUUUUGCUUCCUUCCUGCACAAAAAUUAUGAGUUCAAAUACAGAAGUUAAAUACAUUUUUAUUACUAGAUCCCUGCCAACAUAGUAAUAGGUCAGCUGAACACGCAUGCAACCAGUUUACACUCUAAAUUAUAGUGUAAAAAACCUAUUCCACCUUUACUGCUUUGCAGUUUACUCACAGCUAAUUUAGUGUUUAACACCAUUGCAAUACAUCUGGUACUUAAUGAUACAGCAUCUGUUGCAGUACUAGGGAUACCCUGGUACAGCAGUAAUUGGGCUAUUGGGAAGAUGGGUAUUAAUAUCAUUUUUUCAUCUAAGUAUGUUAGUUCAGUCUGCCUUCACCAUGCUUACAGGAAUACUUACAUUGGCAACACCACUGGCAGACAAUGAAAGAAGUUAUGUGCCAGUGAACAUAUCCUUACUCAAAAUCAAAGUGGAUAUGCAUAGCAAUUCUCUUAAAUGUUCAACCGUGUUGUGGAUUAUCGAAUACAUCAAUUACCCAACUCCAUUGCCAAGUUUAUCUUCUGAUUAGAUCCAUGAACAUGUUCCCCACAGCGAUGCAGAUCAAGUAAACCAAAGAGUAUUUGGCACAGUUAUAUAAAUGAAAAUCUAAGAAAUUUUGGAACUUCCUGAAAGUUGUCAAAAGGCUUGCAUGAAAACAUACAAUCUGACUUCAGUGGGAGUCCUUAAAAGUUUAAAUUAAGUACAUGUGUUUGCAGGAAUGGGGCCUAUUUUAAGAUAAGAUCAACAAAACCAGGUGUCAUCAACAGAGAGAGGGAAAGGGGUAUGAACAGCAUGAUUAUGCAAUCAGUGGGGAGGUUAGUGCAUGCAUCCUGAAAAAGAAUUUUGUUUAUAUUUAUUUUGUGAUGCUGUACUCCAUAUGCUUUAUGGAAAUAUGCUUAUGAAUAUGACAUAACUGGAAUUUGCUUUACGCUAAAUACCCCUUGUAUGGUGUCAUUAGAUAGCUUGUAAUCUACUAAGUGUGUUCAUCCUAUUUGUUUGCAUGUAUUAUUUCUAUAUCUGGAGUUAGGAGAAUAAGAUAUAAACUUUUAUCACUGAUGUAAACAUAUUAAGUGGAGGCCAUUAAGGUUGCUCCAGAAACAAUCAGUUGUAAAUGGCCUUAGUUACUUUAAAGCCUUCCUGUGUACAUGUGGGCCAGCCCAUGGGGAAUGGAGACUAGGGAUCCUACAGUGACAUGUGACCAGGUCACCUGAUAAUGAAAUCCAUCUUAAAUCUGAUACUUUUCCAUUUAGAAGGAAGGGUGGGGACCCAGAGAGACAAAAGAUUCCUGCCUUGUGCCAAAGCUAUAAAAGGGGGCAGAGCAGGACAAAAGGGGCUGCCAGUCAUGAGAAAACCCAGGUUUACCACCUGAGAUAUCUGCUGGAACUAACAAGGACUGUACCAGGGGAAAGGAUUGGGCCUAGACUAGGAAGGCAUCUAGUCUGUGAAAGAAGCUUAUUGGAACAUCUCUGAGGAUGAGAUAUUAACUUAUAAUCAGUUUCUUAAUGUAUUAGGCUUAGACUUGUGUGUUUUUGCUUUAUUUUGUUUGGUGACUUACUUUGUUCUGUCUGUUAUUACUUGAAACCACUUAAAUACUACUUUUUAUACUUAAUAAAAUCACUUGUUUAUUAAUAAACUCAGAAUAAGUGAUUAAUACCUGGGAAGCAAACAGCUGUGCAUCUCUCUCUCUAUCAGUGUUAUGGAAAGCGGACCAUUUAUGAGUUUACCCUGUAUAACCUUUAUACAGAGUAACACGGAUUUAUUUGGGGUUCAGAAAGACUGAAGGCUGGGUGCUUGGAAAGUCCCUGUUAACUGAGAAGCCCCUUGGCUGAGUGAAUCUGUUUCAGUGAAGUGCAGAGAGGCAUGGCCCAACGUCUGGGUCUGUGCUGGAGCUGACUGGAGCGUCCAACUCAGCAAGACAAGAGUGGAGGGGCGCCUCUUCUGGCAGGAGGCUUGUUCUCAAUGGUAUCCCAGCUCACUGAGUGACAGUCUCGAGGGGAGUCUCUGUCACUGAACGCAUCACAUAUUUGUUCAUUUUAUUCAAGCUAUAGCUGAACUGUACCCUUAAGACAGUAAGUAAGUAAGUUCUGAGAGAGAUUUCAAGCAGGAGAAGGUGGAGCUGUGGCAGAAAAGAUCAAUAACACUUCUAUGUACUUAUUUUCAGUAUUAAUUGUUGCUGUUUGUUGUUAUUAUUAUUUGCAGUAACAUAGUCUGGCAGACAAAGAUUUGGUCUGAGAAACAGGAACUCCUGACUUUGAAUUCAGUGUCUGGCACUGAUUUGCUCUGUGGCUGUAGGCAUUUGACAUAAACUUGCUGCUUCAGGUUCCUGGACUGUAAAAUGGUAAUAUUUAUACUUACCUGCCAUUCAGAAGAUUAAUUAUUUAAGGCUGUGUAUAUCUCUGAAUACUAUGUGUUACUGUUUGAAUAUUAAAAUAUGAAAAACCUACAUUACAUUAAAAUUGACAAAAACAAAUGUCAGCCCUAUUGUAACUACUGACUGUAGUAAUACACCAGGAUAUAGCAGAGGGCAGUACAACGAAAAAGCAAUGCUAUACCAGUGAAACAAAUGUUAGGGUAUAAGGCUGGGUAACUUUAAUCUAGUGUCUUCACCUUAGUGUCUUAAUACUGUUAUAGGACUGAAUUUAUAAUGAAAAUGAGGGCAGCAGCCACUCCAGCUGUUUAUUUGCCAUUACUAACAGGGGCUCUGAGCCUGACCACACCCACAUCUGUUUUAAGUCUAUGGACCUGAUUAGAUUCAUUGACCUGAGUGGGGCAGACCCCUUGUCAAAUGUUAUGUGCCAGGCAGAUCCACGUUCCCGUUAUGGAUGACAGACACACGAAAGGAGCAGACAGGGUGUGAAUUGUUACUGGGCCUUUCCAAACCCGAAUGAAUUAAGCUUUUUUCGGUGUAAAGGGGCAUUAUGGGCCGCACGGUACAGCGCAGGGUAAAUUUCGACACUGUGAACAAAAGCCUCACGGUCGCCAAUUCAUUAUACGGGGUUGGGUGUAGUCGGUGAUCCCAGCGCCUUCCCCACCACCUGGCAGCGAGCGAACGGGCAGACGGGACUAGAACCUGCCACUUACCUCCUGUCCCAGGCGGCUGGGCUAACCACUGCGCCUCCCAGCCAACCGCACAAAGAGCCUCCUCCUGGCGCUGGAGGCAUGCGCGCGCCCCUCCUCGCGCUUGCGCGUUCACGAGGGCGGAGGCGCGUGUCUGGCCGGGGUCCGGCGCGGCCUGAGUGCGCACCGUUUUACAUCCGGGUCCCGCGACUCCUACCGCUCCCGCCGCUCUAGUCUCCUGGGGGGCCACCCCCCACCCCCGCCGGCUGGCCGGCGCCGGGCGCUCCAAUGAGAGCGGCUGCCUCUCCCUGCCUCGCGGAGCCCGGCGGCGCCGGCCCUGCGUGCGCGAGUCCGGUCAGCAGGCGAGGAUGAUGCCGGCUCUGGCCGCCCAGAGGCGGGGAUGGCGCUGCCUCUACCGGUUGUACCUGCGGUGCCAGGCGGCGCAGCUCAGCCGGGUCUGCCACGGAUGGCAAGGCUCGAUGAAAUGUGGAAGUCUCUCUUGCAUACUGCCAUGCAGUCGUCUACCAGUCCAAUCACUGAGUCAAGUGAGAGUUUACACUUCUGAUGGUCAGAAAAAAGGCCCUGUACCAGGCCCUGAAGGAGCUGUGCACAAAGCUGGAACAGCACGGGAUACCAGCAGUGCAGGCCAAAAACCACUUUUAUUGCAAGAGCCAAUCCAAAUAAAAGUUAAAGCAGUUCUUAAAAAGAGAGAAUAUGGACCAAAAUACACGCAAAAUAAUUUCAUCACUGGUGUCAGAGCAAUAAAUGAGUUCUGUCUUAAAUCCAGUGAUCUAGAACAGCUGAGGAAAAUCAGACGACGAAGUCCCCAUGAUGACACUGAGGCUUUCACUGUAUUUUUGAGAUCAGAUGUAGAGGCAAAAUCUCUAGAAGUUUGGGGAAGCCCGGAGGCUCUUGCUAAAGAGAGAAAACGGCGUAAAGAAGCAGAGAUAGAAUACAGAGAAAAUCUAUUUAGAAACCAAAAGCUAUUAAAGGAGUACAAAGAUUUUCUUGGGGAUACUAAGCCACGCUCCAGCGCAGGCGCUAUGUUGCUCAAAGGACCAGGAAAGGUGGUGAUGGUUGCUAUUUGCAUAAAUGGGUUGAAUUUUUUCUUUAAACUACUCGCAUGGGUUUACACGGGUUCUGCAAGCAUGUUUUCAGAAGCUAUACAUUCUUUAGCAGACACUUGCAACCAGGCUUUGCUAGCAUUGGGCAUCAGUCAGUCUGCAAGGACACCAGACCCUAGUCAUCCGUAUGGCUUCACAAAUAUGCGCUAUAUUGCCUCCCUAAUUAGUGGGGUUGGCAUUUUCAUGAUGGGUGCCGGACUUUCCUGGUAUCAUGGAAUCAUAGGCUUACUUCAUCCUCAGCCCAUGGAAUCUCUUCUUUGGGCUUAUUGUAUCUUAGCAGGAUCACUGGUGUCUGAAGGAGCUACACUUCUUGUUGCUAUAAAUGAAGUUCGAAGGAGUGCCCAGGCCAAGGGUCUGUCAUUUUAUCAAUAUGUCAGACAGAGUCGUGAUCCCAGUACAAAUGUGGUGUUGUUGGAGGAUGCUGCAGCAGUUUUGGGUGUGACGUUAGCUGCUACUUGCAUGGGUCUGACUUCUUUAACAGGCAACCCUUACUAUGACAGCCUGGGAUCUCUAGGUGUGGGAACUCUGUUGGGAGCUGUAUCAGCUUUUCUCAUCUACACCAACACGGAAGCAUUGCUGGGACGAUCCAUUAAUCCUGAGCAGUUACAGCGACUUACUGAGUUACUGGAGAGUGACCCUGUCGUUAGAGCAAUUCAUGAUGUUAAAGCCACAGACAUGGGAUUGAGCAAAGUGAGAUUCAAGGCAGAAGUAGACUUUGAUGGACGGGUUGUGACUCGUUCUUACCUGGAAAAGCAAGACAUUGAACAGCUGCUACAAGAAAUUCAGCAGGUGAAAACUCUUGAGGAAUUAGAAGCCUUCAUGCUUAAACAUGGAGAGAAUAUCAUUGACACACUGGGAGCUGAAGUAGACCGGCUUGAAAAGGAGCUAAAGCAACGCAAUCCUGAUGUUCGACAUGUAGAUUUGGAAAUAUUGUAGACUUGACAGAAGAAAUCCUUGGAGUACUCUCUUUUGGAAACAAGUUUGCACAGAGAUGGAACAGCUAUUGAAACUGCAGUCACCUCAAUACCAUACCUCAUUUACUUCAUGCUGUAGGCUUCCUGAACUGUUGUUACUGACUCGGUUUCCAGAACAGCUUUAGAUUCAAAGUCAACAACUUUGUUUGGAAGAUCAGUUCAACAAAAGCAUCUUAGCAUAAUUUCUGCAUGAGACUGUUAGAGGUGAAUUUAUUUGGGACUUGGAACUUAGAUCUUUUAGUUUCUAUAAGGCAAAUGGUAAUGCCUGAAAAUACACAGAAGAUAGUUUCCCUAUUUCAAUUUUUUGUCAACUUACACAUCAAUUAGCACUCAUUUAACUACUUCCUUCUAGAAGCCAUUGGAGUAUUUGCAAGAUACAGAUGUUUAAUGCUAGAACAGGCUUUGUUUCAUUUGCCAGUUUGAACCAGUUGUUAUAUUCUAGCUAUAUGGUCUUUUUUUUUUUUCCCCACCCUCUAAGAUCAAUCCCUCCAAGAAGAACUGCCCUUUUCUUGCGUUUCAUGAUUUGGAAACAUGCUUCUGCCAGUGUUGCAAUUAUUGACAUAACCUCAGAGGAUCAUAUCAGUCUCUUGAAUGCAGUUGGCUUUGGGCUUGGCUUAGAGUAUGUUGAGUUACUGUGCAGGAUGUAGAAACCUCAACACGCUUUUUUUUUUUUGUAGGUGAUCUUGGCCAUGUCUUGUGUGUAGGUUUUCUCUCUUCAGACUUUUUCCCACCCAUAUGCCUUUUUGUUGCUUUAACUUGCUAACAUUGGAGGAUAUAAAUUUAUUUAGUAGUUUUCUGAUAUUUUUCAUUUGGCUUUUUAUCCUUUUAAGAGGCAAUAUUCUGCAAAUGAUCUUUGCUAGCAAAAACAAGAGGUGGUGUAGCAGUUUUAACAUAUUCAAGAAAUAUUUAUACUUAAACAGAUGUGAAGAUGAUAUAUUAAUUUAUUUACACAGGCACUACUUGUAUGAAUCUGAAUUGUAGAUUGCUUCCCCCCCCCCCCCCCUUCAGAAAAACCCCUUUGUGUGGGAGAAGUAAAACAAUUGUGCUGAAAUGUGUGUCAUGGCUGUCAGUAAUCCCAAAACUGAGUGCAUAGAAUUGAUGUGUUUGAAAUGCAGGAUUCUAGUGUUUUAUAAAAUGGGUUUCUAGAAUAAGGCUUUCUGCAAUAGGUAUCCAAGUCAUAGCAGACUCUGUGAGAAAUAAUCUUUUAAUAAAGGCUUAGUGAGUACAAAUCAUGCAAAUCUAGUAAUUGAAAUAUUAAUGGAAUAAUUAGCGAUAAAUCUUUCUCCAAGAAAAAUCCUUUAUGCACUUUAAAACGUUUCAGUAACAUGAAAAUUGCUCAUGGGAGAGAGGUGGCAAUAAGAGCAUCCUGAUGAAUCUGUUGGUGGGUAAUCUAGUGACUGACAUACUGAGAGCAGAAAUGUUGAUAGGGAACACAAGUCAUCAAAAUCAAUUUAAGAUUAAAUCAUAUGCAUUGCAGCAAAUGAUAAUGGUGGAAACCAAAAUGUCAGGAUUUGAUUAAAUGCUUUGUAAUAGUAUUUUUUUUUAAAUGUCAUUUGCCAGUGAAUUAUGAGAAUUUAAAAUAGCAUGCCUUUUGACAAUUGCAAAACACUGCAUGCUGUGCAUUUUAAAUAAAAUGACAUUCCAAAUUUUAGUUUUUGGAGAUGAGGCUUUAUGUACUGUAAUGUGUGUAAUGGAUGACUUCGUUACAUAGUUGGGAAUGAAGGGUCUGUUAGUACCCUUCUCUUCUCAUCAUUCAUUUGUUUAUAGCCUAUUAGUGCUUAACCUAAGGGAAGACUUGAUUUUUGUCUCCCACUGUAGUGCUAAUUAGAUUUGUAGUAUAUACUUAAGACUGAACAUUAGAAAUGUGUUUAAUAAAAAGUGAUAUUUUUAAAGUUAAUUUCACAUAUUUGUAAAAUGUUACAAAUGUGUGGGUAGUUUCCCAAAUAACUAAUGAGGGACACUUUAGCACAUUCUGAAUGGUUUACUUUUGAGUCUUUUUCUCAAGUCUGCUUCUUCAUAUCCCAGCAUGCACUCUGCUGAUGACAUAAUCAUCCAGGAAGAGCACUGGAACUUGACUUUGAUUAAGGCAAAUCCUAUUUAUCUCCUCUUCUUUCUCUCUCCCCCCCUCCCUCCCAUAAAGCACUAUAAAGUACUGUUACUGAAGAAAAACAAAAAUUUUAAAAUCCUGGAAGGGAGGGCAAGAAUCUGAACAUUGCCUCUGGCCAUUACUCUUCAGUGGUGUAUGUGACAUCACAAGUGCCAUGUAUGCCGGACCAUCGUGAAUGGGAGUCAGUAAUCUAUAAGGGGAGUUUGUAUAUUGUGUUUCUGAAACAUCCCCAAAGGUUAGUAAAUAUUAGAAAUGUACUGAAAUGCUCCCUUAUCUAGUUUAUAGAGAAACUUAAGCACAUAAUCUUAAAGUGCAUACUACUCUGAAAAGUGUUUGUGUAAAAAAGGGUACUUGCUCAAUCAUAGCUGCUCCCUGCAUGUAUUCUGAUUCAUAUCUGCCUACUUCACUGACAAAAAUAAGAUUGUACUGCUUUUUAUUGUCUUUGCAGUGCUAUGAGAAAGUGAGCUGGACUCUGUUGCUUCUGUCAUCAACAAGAUUUACUAAAUUCCAAUUGGGUACAUCUUUGCAACCCCAUUGGAGGCUGUAGGUUUUCACAGGCAUCAUUAAGAACUUAAUUUUAUUUGCAAAGCCACUUUCAUUGGUGGCGAUGCACGAGGAAAGACCCCAGUUUGAUUCUGAGAGCCCAGCAUGGGUUUUCAUGGCUUGCAUUUAGUUAAAACGUCUUCUACAUUGAGCACGACUUAUAACAGAAAUUGGCAUAAUAAACCUGGUACCCCAGUUUUAGUCACUUUGAGAAGGGAAUUGCACUUUAAAGUUAUAAUACAUUUAAUUAAAUUAUAAUAUAAAAAACUUUUAACAGAUUGCUGUUAAAUGUUUUUAGUGAAAACCGUUACCCAGAUUUAAGCUACAGUACUUUCAUGGUCUAAAGAACGGGUUGAACUGAGUCCAGGUUUUGGUUUAGCCUUGUUACGGUAUUCUGAUCGGAAGCUUUUUGGGAUAGUCCUUUUCCGUGGUAGGAUAUUUUGGAUUAAAGUAAACUUGCAAAGUACUAAGGAAUUGGGUGUUUUCUUCAUGAACCAUAGAUGUGACACCUUAACUUGUCACUUAAAUAUUAUCUCUGAUUUGAAAGAGUGAUAAAAUCAAUGGAGUAAGGAAUCAGAUAAAAUUUAAAAUGUUUAUUCUAGGAUUUUUUCAAUACAUUUUCCUCUGUCUCUUAAAGCCAUGGAAUAUUUUUAUUUUUAUAGAUUCUGUUGGCCGUACAGCCUUUAUUUUGCAAAACAGGAUUCAGACAACUCUAUCCAUUUAUUUUGUGGGAAAUACAUUCUCAUUAGUUGCAUGAUAUUUCAUAAUUCAAUCUGGAUAACAUUAAAGAAAUGCUGAUUGACACAAAAGAUAUAUUUUGAGGAAAGAGUCUAACCACUGCAACUACUGAGGGCUCACAGUUUUAAGGUCUCAUUAGAUUCCUUUUUUUGUUUGUUUCUUGGACUUCUAUGCAAAUUUCCUGAAUACUUUGUCUUCUGACGCUGGACAUGAGAUUGUAUGCUUUCCCCUUCAGAUGGGACCUUCACUAUGGUUAUCUAUAGUUGUAAUCUCAAGGCUACGGACUAGUCCAACAAAGCUCUACUUGGGGCUAAUCUUGAAGGCUAUCCAGAAACUUCAGCUGGUGCAGUAUGUGUGGAGCACUUGACAGUUAAGUAGGGCAGACUCGCAGGAGUAUAUUGUACUUGUGCACUGAACUUCAGAUUGAUUCCCAGUUCACAAUGGAAUUUAAUUCAAGAUGCUGGUUGCUAUUUAUAAAGCCCCUCAGUUGUCUGGUACUGUUCCACCUGGGGCCCUCAGAGGCUCAGCAUAAGCUCUUCAGCUUUUUCUGUUGCAAGGGUACAGGUCACAGGACCCCGACGUUCUCAGUGGUGUGUCCUCCUCUUUAAUACUCACACAUGCUAGAAAAGUAUGUGGACUACAUCCACAUUUGGAAUGUGACUUAGAUUAGUUUUCUGCUGACUGAAGGUCUGGAAUCUCCUGACAUUUUAUCCUACUAGCAAGUUUUUGAGAGAAUAUGAUAAAUCUAACCUUUUUGAAGUGUGUUUGAAGAAAAGGAAUGAAGACUUACCAAGAUAAGCGGUAAUGUGAAAAAAUAUGGAAACAAAGAAAAAAUGGGAAGUGGAAAAAAUUAACAUCAAAUUGAUCAUAUAGACAAUGAGAUAAGAAAUCAGGUAAAUAUUAGUUUGAAUGGAAAAAUAGACCAUAAGAAAUUAUCUAACAAGGACACAGAAUGCAAUGUAGUUAAUAUCUGGAUGCUAAGCAAAAGAGACUGUUCUGAAACAUUUUUAUUUCUUUAAAAUAAUGAUUGGGUGAAACAGAUACUUUUUUCAGUCUCACUGGAAAGAUUUAUAUGGUGAAAACUGUCUUAGGUGACCAAUCUAAGGGACUGAACAUUUGCUUCUUGACUGAGGUGACCAGAUGAAGGUGGCACAGAUUAUUAUUUCAAAAGUUUGAGGUAGAGUAGUAUAAGACAAGAAAUUGUCUAAGGUGGUCUAUCAUACAGAUUUAAUUAUUUAGCAGCCAGGGAUGGAAAAUUCUGGGCCCUACUGCUAAGUAUGAUGGAGUAAUCUCAGUGUGUGUAAAUAUCCCUCUCUCAAAGCUGUUGGCAAGCUGUUUAAGAGGUAGCGGACAGCGAGUUGUAGGAAGGGAUAUGAGUAUUGGCUCUGCACUGAGGAAACUUGAGGAUUUAUUUUUCAACAAGAUCGAUUCAGAGCACACUCAACUAUGGGCGCAAACACUGAAUGAAAACACUGGUAUUAUGUGAUUUAGCCACCUAAAUCAUGUAACUCAGUCCAAUAAAAGGAAUUUGGAAUGAACUGAAGGAAGUUUUUAAAAAAGGACACCUUACAGCAACAAAACAACUGAAGCACCAUCUUGUGGACACAUUAAAAGCAGUUAUCUCCCAUUAGCAAGAAAUAAAUAGCAUUCCAAAGAUCACUGCAUUAUAUUGUGUACACACCAAUAUUUAAAUGAAGGACUGGAAGAAAUUCCAAUCCUUAACUUUUCAGGUUGUCUAAACUUCUGUGGACAAAGUGAAGUGCCCAGUUACAUAACUUUUUGCAAAUCCCUUUAAACCAUUAAUUGUACUAAGUGUCAUGUUCAAGGAUUUGACAUUUAUUUAAAUAACAUGGAGAGGAAAAACCUAGGUGAGGGGGAAAAUCUUGUUCGUAGCAAGUACAGCAGCAGUUUUCCAGGCUACACUCUGUGCACUUUUGAGGGCAGAUUCUUUCUCUAACACUGCUCACAACCACCAAGAACCAUUCAGGGAGAGGCUCUUAUUCCCUGUUUAAAGUUUUGUACUGAUAAAGCAUAUGGACAAAAUUCUGUAUUUCCAGUAUUUAACAAAAUUGGUAUGAGGAAGUAGAGCUAGGGAAAGUGUCUACUGAUUAAAUUAGUGAGACAGUUCCAUGCUCUCAUCUGACCUAAGACAAAGUUGAUUUUCUAACCCAAAUUUAAAGUGGAUUUAUUAAAGAAAGAUUUUAGGAUAAUUUCAAAUCUUAGAGCAGAAGAAAACACGCUUUCCUAGUGUGGGAGAAAAUAAAUGUGGCAACUAUAGUUUGAAAGGAGAUUAUGCAAAAAUUUGGUUUAUUGAAGUAGAAAUGUGCUAUACUGAACAUGAAAAUUCAUUUCUGUUUAAUCAUGACCAACACUGCAACAAAUCUGAAAGCCAUCACUUUGGACCUCUUUACUUAUGUGUCUGGAAGAGAUCUUUCUAUUGAGAACCCCAAAAUCAGUGUCUUAUGUUUCUCCAUGUAACCACAUCAAUCUUUCAAACAAAGCAUGUUCCCACUAUUCUGAAGCUUUCUUGUGAUGCUUUUUAUUUUGCCGUAUUUCAGUUACUUUAAGUCUGAGAAUCAUGCUGACUGACAGGCAUAGGCAUCAUAUUAAUAAAUAUUUAUCUCUG